AUGAACGACAGAAUGAAGACUUUCUACACCAUUACGCUGCUACUAAGCAUCUGCACUGGUGUGAUAUCAAAAGAGCUAUGUGAUGUUCGGAACGCAAAUGGACUCGAUCCGAAAAGUCAGAAAUGCGAUAUCGAAUACGUCUCAACCACCCCUCGAGUCUACCGCGCAGCAUGUGGGACAACCGCAGCAUUUGACUUUUCCCCUGGCUCAGGAGUUAAAUUUGGCAAGGCACUAGUCACCAACUUUAUUAGCAAGACUGUUCAAUUUUCCGUUGAAACAGAGGGCGACGACGGUAAGCUCCGAUACUACCACGUCACUGCACGUCCAAAUCAGGGGUGUUACGUCACCAUGGGGCCUACGCAAGUGAUAUCAGAAGUUCAUUGGAUUACCAUAUGA